CCGAGUGGUGCGCAAAUCCAUCGCCAGGGUGUUGACCGUCAUCAACCAGACCCAGAAGGAGAACUUGAGGAAGUUCUACAAGGGCAAGAAGUACAAGCCCCUGGAUCUGCGGCCCAAGAAGACGAGGGCCAUGCGGCGCAGGCUCAACAAGCACGAGGAGAACCUGAAGACCAAGAAGCAGCAGAGAAAGGAACGUUUAUACCCAGCCCGGAAAUUCGCCAUCAAGGCAUAGCCCCGGGCCAGCUGCACUUGGGGCAGGAUGGCUCAUUAAAUGCAGUUUGCUUUGGAA